AUGAUUAUUAUUGUAUUAUUACAAUUUUCCAUUUUUAUUAAAACAGUUUUUCCAAUAAAAUAUGUAACAACAAGAAAUGGGCCAAUAGCAGGAAUUGAAUAUAAAUUAUUUGGUAAUACUAUUUAUGAAUAUUUAGGAGUUCCAUUUGCUAAACCACCAAUUAAAAAUUUAAGAUUUAAAUCACCUGAACCAUUAGAUGAACCAACUUGGACUGAACCUUUUAUUGCUAAUAAACCAGCAAAUGCAUGUAUACAAGGUAAAAAUAAAAAAGGUUAUGAAGGUAUGUAUGUUAAUAUUCCUGAAAGUGAACAAUCAGAAGAUUGUUUACAAUUAAAUAUGUGGGUUCCAAAAAAACCUAGUGGUGCUGUACUUAUUUUUAUUUUUGGUGGUGGUUUUAGAUUUGGUUCACCUUCUUUAGAUAUAUAUAAUGGAUCUGUUAUUGCAUCUAAAACAAAAUCAAUUGUUGUAAAUUUAAAUUAUAGACUUGGAAUAUUUGGUUUUUCUUAUAUGUGUUGUGGUAUUGAUUUUCAAGGAAAUAUGGGUCUUUUAGAUCAACAAAUGGGUAUGAGAUGGGUUUAUAAUAAUAUAAAACAAUUUGGUGGUGAUCCUAAAAAAAUAACAUUAUGGGGAAGUGGUGCUGGUUCUGCAUCUGUUACUGCUCAUUUAUUUUCUCAUGAUAGUUAUAAAUAUUUUAAAAGAAUUAUUGCAACUUCAGGAGUAAUUACAAAUAUUUGGGCUAGACAUUACUCAACAUAUAUUGAUGAUACAUUACGAUUUUUAUCUAAAAAAUAUAAUUGUUUUGGUAAUCAUCGUCAUAUUUAUAAUUGUCUUAGUAAAUUAAAUACAAGUCAAUUAGCAAAUGAAAGUGAUAAUUUCUCAAAAUAUUUAAAUGUUCCAUUUUCUUAUGGAUUUAAUAUAGUAGAAAAAGAUGAAGUAUUUUUUAAAAAAAGUUUAUAUGAUAAAUUAGCUUCAAGAGAUAUAAAACAUAAUGUUGAUAUAUUACUUGGUAGAACUAAAAACGAAGGAACUUAUUUUUUACCAAUAAUCAAUGAUCAUAAUAAAUUUGGUUGUAAAUCUAAUAAUUCAAAAUUAUUUAAAUAUAACAAAAAUACAUGUCAAAUGAAUAAAAAACAUUUACAUGAACUUAUAAAUUCUCUACAAUAUACUUUAAGUAUAAAUUCAACUGGAUUGAAUUAUUUAAAAAGACAUUAUUUUCUAAAUAAUACUAAAAGUAGUAGAGAUAUAGCUUCCACCUUUUUAUCACAUAUUGCAUUUGAUUGUGAUAUUAUUGAUUUUGCAAAAAAAUGUUCAUUUUACACUGAUGGAUAUGUAUUUUCAUAUGUUAUUGAUGUUAAACCAUCUGCAAAUAAAUGGCCUAACUGGAUGGGAUCUGUUCAUGGAGUAGAAUUAGAAUAUGCAUUUGGUUUACCUUACCGAAAACCAAAACUAUAUAAAUCAAAACUAUUAAAAAUUGCAAAAAAGUUUUCAAAUAAAUUAAUGGAAAUGUUUAAAAAUUUUGCUAAAAAAGGUAAUCCAGGUUUUGGUUGGUCAAAAUUUGAUCCAUACAACAUUAAAUAUAAUAAAAUAGACUUUUCAAUUGCGUUAAAAAGAACUGUUAAAAAGUCAAAAGAAACUAUUAAAAAUAAGUGUAAAAUUAUUCGGGAUUAUACAUCUAAAUAUGUUUUUUAUUAA